CCGCCGGGGGCCGCCCGCGCCCCGGUGAUGGUGCCGGCGGCCGGGAGCGCCCUGCUCGCCGCCCUGCUCGCCGCCGGGCUGGCCGCCGCGGGCAGCUUGAGAGCUGGUGGGCAGCUGGUGGCUGUGAGCCAGCCUGGGGUGUGUCGCUAUGGUUCCAGGUUGGAUUGCUGUUAUGGCUGGAAAAAGAACAAGGGCCACUGUGAAGCUACCUGUGGACACGGUUGCAAGUAUGGCGAGUGCAUGGGACCAAACAAAUGCAAAUGUUUUCCUGGAUUUACAGGGAAAACCUGUAAUCAAGAUCUGAAUGAAUGUGGACUGAAGCCACGUCCUUGUGAGCACAGAUGUAUGAAUACACAUGGCAGCUACAAGUGCUAUUGUCUCAACGGGUACAUGCUUCUGCCAGAUGGCACAUGUGCAAGUUCUAGGACAUGCGCCAUGGUGAAUUGCCAAUACGGAUGUGAAGAAGUCAAAGGGGAGGUGCAGUGUCUCUGUCCAUCAGGUGGCCUUCAGCUGGGACCAAAUGGAAGGACAUGCAUUGACAUUGACGAAUGCUCCACUGGCAAAGCUCUCUGCUCUUACAACCGCAGAUGUGUCAACACCUUUGGAAGCUACUACUGCAAGUGCCAGCUUGGUUAUGAGCUGAAAUACAUCAGUGGCCAUUAUGACUGUGUAGAUGUGAAUGAAUGUGUGACAAAUACACACAGCUGUAACCUCCAUGCAGAGUGCCUCAACACUGAGGGAUCCUUCAAGUGCAAAUGUAAACAGGGCUACCGAGGAACUGGAUUUGAUUGUGCUGUUAUCCCUGAAAAGUCAGUAAAGGAAAUUGCAAGAAUCCCUGGAACAGCUAAGGACACAAUUAAGAAACUUCUUGCACAUAAAAAUAGUGUGAAAAAGCAUGAAACAAUCAAGAAUGUGAUCCCAGAGGCAGCGGUGACAUCGCCUUCUAAGACCCACUUGCAGUUAUUGGACUAUGAAGGUGGUCUUGGUCUUGGUGGGAGCUACAGUGAGGAAGAGAAAGAAAUUGAAGCUACUACAGAACAGGAGGCAGAAGAGUCAGAUGAAGAGGAGAAGGAAGACUUUGAGAAUCAAAUUGAUGACGAGCAAAGCCUUAGAGGAGAUGUCUUUUUUCCCAAGGUGAAAGAAGCAGCUGCCUUUGGCCCUCACCUGGCACACAGAAAAGUUCCAGUGUCAAGACCAGAGCAAGAAGUUGAUUGUAGCUUCAGUCGAGGAGUCUGUGACUGGAAACAAGAUGCUGAUGAUGACUUUGACUGGAAUCCUGCUGAUCGUGAUAGAGGUGACGGGUACUACAUGGCAGUUCCAGCUUUUGUGGGACAUAAGAAGGAUAUGGGGCGUCUAAAACUUCUUCUCACUGACCUGAAACCAAAGAGCAGCUACUGCUUGAUUUUCAGUUAUCGGCUUGCUGGUGAGAAAGUGGGGAAACUUCGAGUGUUCCUGGCAAACAAAAAAACUGCUCCUGUCUGGGAGCAGAACACAGGAAAAGAUGAAAGGUGGAGAACUGGAAAAAUAGAGAUAUUUCAGGGAGCUGAGACAACUAACAAUGUCACUUUUGAAUCAGAACGUGGGAAGGGAAAAACUGGUGAAAUUGGAGUGGACAAUGUUAUACUAAUUUCUGGUCUAUGCCCAGAAGAUACCUGAUAAUGGACAUUUCAGUAUAGUGAAUUUAAUCUUAUUUUUCAUAGUUGCCUUAUUAGUAGUGUAUUUUUGUAUCCUUUUCUUUAUAAAAAACCAAAUCAAAACCAUAAAACUUUGCCUUAAACUUAAUGCAACAAUGCAAACGGAAAAAUGCAAGGUGCAGAGUACACUUUUUUAAGAGUUUUUCUAACUCUAAUACAUGCUUUGAGUGUAAUACUACUGUAUUUUAUAAUUCAAGGUCAGGGUUUCUAAAGUAUUAUUUGUCUAACUUUUUUACAAAUUCUACAUGCUUUUAUCUCUUAAAGUUCUUCUCAAGGCUACACUUAAGCCUUCUAUUUCACGAGAACAUAAAGCAGUAUUUAAGAGGACGCUGCUACUUCUGGUGACAAUUUUAUCUUCUUACUUAGUGGGUACGUUGUACCAAAAAUUAGGGUUCAUCACCCACUGUGAAGUAAGCCAAUCACACGCAGAGCUGAGGUAUUUGUUUAUUUUAUAUUUGUGCAAAUGGGUGCUAGAUGGCAAAGCCACAAAGUUAGCACACCAAGGAGAAAAGAUGACCACUAUUUAUAUGCUGUUAAUCUUGAUGUAUUUCACUCAUCUAAUAUAUAUUCAGUGUUUACUACUCUGUUAUUGCUGAGCUUGCUUCUUAUCUUGGGUGACCUGGUGGUCUUCAGUGUUUACUAUUCUAUUAUUACUGAGCUGUGCUGAGCUGGUUUUGUUAGUUUCUUCUUAUCUUGGACGUCCUGCAGUAGCACACAUUUCCUCCCAAAUUUUGUUACCCCUCUGGGUCUGUGGUCUUUGAAGCAUGUCAAGCCCUAAACUUCAAUAAGGCAAUUCUAUUGACAAUUUAUUUGUCUUAGACAUCAGGUAAAUAUUCCACCUUCAGAAUAAGCAAGAAGAAAGUGAGGAGCUUUAUUUCCUUCUUUAUGGAGCUA